AUGCAUAAGCCCCCUGGGAUAAAUGAUGUGCGCGUUCCUUUCACAGAUGCCUCGGAAACGCGAGUCAACGGCUGGAGGGUGUCCCCCGAUGGCCGUGGAACCAUGGACAUACUUUGGACAUGCAUCGUCACCACAUUUCUCUGCACAUUCACCAUUCUUUGCCUCAACUUGCCCUCGAGAAACGACAGCUCGGUGCGCAUCCAAGGCCGCAAAAUCCUGUGGAUGGCCAUUGCAAUCGCCGGACCCGAGUUCCUGCUCACCGCAGCUGCAGGCCAGCUCGCCGCUGCUCGAGACUCCGUCAAGGCUUUUCACGCCCUCGGACACACCUCGUGGACGUACCGGCACGGCUUUUUUGCAAACAUGGGCGGAUUCGAGCUGCAGCCCCUGAACGGCACCCCGUUCCCUGUCAACUCGAAGCACAUACUGUGGCUCAUGUCGCGCGGCCACAUCCGGUAUCCGGAAAUUUCCAAUGAAGAGCUCCUAGAUAAGUCCAAGAAGGAUACAGUUUCCAAGCUCAUCACCUGCUUCCAGGUCGGCUACCUCAUCGUGCAAUGUAUUGCGCGCGGAGUCCAGAAUCUCCCCGUUACGACAAUCGAACUGUCGACCAUGGCCAUCGUCGUCUGCUCCAUCAUGACGAGCAUCUGCUGGAUCUCCAAGCCUCAAGACGUACGAUAUCCCGUGCGAAUCAAGAUGCCCGUGACCAUGGACCAGGUCCUCCGCGAAGCUGGCCCUGUAGCUGCACGGCCAUAUCGCCAGACCCCCCUCGACUUUGUAGACGACCUGACCCCGAGUUGGGCUCUUAAUAUUCAGCCCUUCAUUAAGCUGCCUGUUGGACCAUAUGAGCGCCCCCUACCCCGGAUUGGCGACAGCAGAUUACCAUGGCUGGAAACACUCGAGAGUCUCUACUUAUGUAUCGCCACCAUGAUAUAUGCGUCGAUCCAUCUCACUGGCUGGAAUUUCAAGUUCCCAUCACAGGUCGAGCAAAUUCUGUGGAGAGUAUCAAGCCUAAUCUUGGUAGGCACAACAGCCCUCUUCUGGGUCCUAGAAACAGGCGCAAUUUGGCAGCGCUACGGAAGCGGACACAAGCUUUGGAAAAAGAUGUUUGGGAGCGAGGACAAGUCGGGUGUCCUAGUAACAGUUACGGAAGAUGCAGCUGAAUUAGAGGCUGGGCAAGUUGAACCGCGCGCUGUCGAGCCGUCCAUGCUGGAGUCGCAACAGCCCGUCGUGGAAAAGGAGGAGGAGCCCUGGGCACCGAAACAGCUUCCGCUGGUGUGGGAAUUUUGGACCAUCUUCCCUGUGGCCUUCAUCUAUGCCAUGGCAAGGCUAUAUAUCCUCGUCGAGCCCAUCGUUGGCCUGAGAUCGAUGCAGGCGGGAGCGUUCCAAACGGUUGACUGGAUGGCAUUUUUGCCACACGUGGGGUAG